UUUACUGCUUGUGCAUUUGUGCAGCUCGAUCGUUUUGCAAAUUCUGUCGAUUUUAAACUGUUUUUAUGUUGUUUCAAGGUCUUUUCGGAGCUCUGUCGAUUUGAAAAUGAAUCCAGCAAAUUCCAAGUUCUUACUGAACUGGAUCAACGCAAAUGCUUCCAGUGAAGAGGAAAAAGUGUCGAACAUCAAAGAUGCGGCCAGUAAAAACCUGCUUCUCAAGAUCUUGCAUCUAAUUGAUAAGGAAACUUCCAAGGAUCUACCAAGAGACAGUGAAGCAUUCGAGGUUGAACAAGUCCUGUCCAUGAUCAUCUCAUAUCUUGGAGGCUUUCACCAUCAGAGUUUUGAAUCUGUUAUAAAUGAGCAACGUUUAAAGGACAGAGACGAAACAGAGACUGGAAAAGUUAUAACGCUUCUGCUCUGUGGAGCAACUCAGUGUGAUAAUGUGGCCGUGUUUGUGGAUCAGAUCACCCAGAUGGAUGUUGAAGACCAAUUCAGUUUUAAAUUUUUGAUUGAAUCCGUUUUGACUGACAUGGAACAAGGCAGCCUCACUUCAGACUCUUUUGCUACAAUUCUAAGCAAGAAAGCAAAUUUAACAGAAUGUCACAAAUUGGAGCAUGACACAGCACAGCUUCCUUCACCAUUAUCUGUCCAAUCACCCAUUGAAGCUUUCUUCACCAAUUCUCCAUUGAAGUCCCUUGUGGCAUCUCCACAGUUACGCAACAAACAGAACCAGCUAAUGCUGAACAAACUGCAACAGAAAGUUACGAAGCUACAAUCCUCACUGGACUUACAGAUGCACAUGCAAUCCGAACUAGAAUCUGAACUCAAGGAGAAGAACAAAGAGAUUGAUGCAAGAGAUGCCACGAUUAUAGAAUUACGGAAGGAGAUCACCAAACUGAUGUCCACUACUGAUGAAUUAGAACUUAUGAGACAUUUCAGGCACGAUUUUGAAAAGGCAGACAAAGAGAACGCAAGGGCAUUGAAUGCAGCGUCAAACUCUGCACAAAUGAAGACAGAGACGCAACGAGCUCAGGAAAUUGAAGUUGAUGAUAUAGUGCUGGAACAGAAUCAGUUGUGUAACAUGGAAGACGAUUCGCCAAGCCAUGUUCCAAUAGCGCCAGUCAACAUAGACAGCCGAAUUAUCGAGCUUGAACUGGAGAAAUGCCGUUUGGAAUCUCAACUGUCCACUGCUGUCAAUCAAGAAGAAUUCCUGGCGCUGAAAGAGACUCUGGAGGACACCAAGGAAGCACAGACGUCUUACAAGGAAAAUUACGUAGCUGCCAAAAGCAGAAUUCAGGAAUUGGAGGAACAGCUUGCGGUUGAAUUACAAAAAAGUGAGCAAAAGGACGAACAACUUAGGAACAUCCAGGAGCAGUGUUUCCAUGAAGUGGAGGAACUGAAAACAGUUCUGAUGAGUGAGCGCUCGAUGAAAGCAGAACUGGCUGAAGAGCUUGAUGUGAGAGAAAAGAGACUGCAACAGACAACUGUGGAAAUUCAAGCGCUUUCGAGUUUAAAGGCAGGUUUGGAAGGCAGCCUUCAAACGAGCAAUGCUCGAGCACUUGAUGAAAAAGUUAAGUAUGACAGAGAGAUGAGUUUGAGGAACGGAGAGAUGAAUAAAAUGAGUGAACAGAUACAGCGUUUGGAGAAAGACAUGGAGAAUAGAUUGCAACAGAUUCAAGCUUUGGAGCAAGAGAGGGAUCAUGUUCGAGACACGUAUGAGCAGAUGAUGGCUGGUGUAAAAAACGAACUGGAUUUAAAGAUCAACAGCAUGGCGGAAGAUAAGGCCGCGACCGUCGCCCAGUUUCGUCUGAGAACACAACAACUUGAAGAAGAACACGAAAAAAUGAAGGAGGAAUUUGCCAGCAAGCAGAAAGCUAUGUUAGAGGAAGCAGAGAAAAACGCCGCCAAAAUUCAGGAAGCUUGCGACGCGGACCGAGCGGCGUGGAAAAAGAAAUUUGAUCAGCUGUCAGAAGAGGUGAUGAAUACACGCAGUGAAAUGUUCGAGAACUCGAAGAAGCACUCAGAAGAACUGAUCGAGGUUCGAAAGAAAGCGAGGGAAGCAGAAGAACUGUUAGACGAGGAAGCUAGAAAAAACAGAGAAGAGAAGGUGAACUUGGAGAACCAGCUUCUGAAAGCUAAAAGCGCGAUGGCUGAACUAGAGAUGGAAGUCAAACGUGGAGAAGUGACCAAGAAGGAAUUAGAAGAUGAGAGGAAGAAAUAUGAUGAGUUGAAAGGAAGGUGCGAAGGUUAUGUUGCUAAAGUGGAAGCACUAGAGUUGAAUACCGAGCAGCUUAAGAAAGAAGCAGAGUCUGAAAAAGAACGUGUAAAGAAGGAGAUGCAGCAGUUAGUGGAAGCGAAUAAAACAGAGGUGGACACUGCUCGGCAAGCAUUGGAAAAUUUGAAGAGAGAUUACAGUGAGCUGGAGAUAAAAAGAAAGGAAGAAAUUGAGAAGAUACUACAGGAGGAAAAGGAAAUUAAAGAUGGGUUAACCCUGCAGAUAAAAGACGUGGAAAAUAUAAGUGAAGAAAAGGGCAAACGAAUUGAAGAGCUUGAGACUUUGUUGAAAAAAUCAAUGGAAGAAAAGAAUAAGCGAGUGGAAAAUCUAGAGACAAUGUUAAAGGAAUCACAGGAAGAGGAGGUUAAAAGAGUCGAAGAAUUAGAGAAAUUGUUAAAAGACGCACUAGAAGAAAAAGAGAAUGCAGUUAGCCAGGUCAAAAACGCUCAAAUUAAGUGGGAAAAUAGACAGCAAGAACUGCAGGCGAAGAUUGAGGAUCUUGAGGGUGCCUCGGAAGAAAUGAAGGAGGCAGAGAUCGCAUUUGCCGAACUGAAAGAUCAUAUGCUGGAAUUACAGACGGAGAAAGAUCGCUUGGAGCAGAAAGUCCAGGAGGAAAGCCUCAUCAACAAAAGGCUCGGAACAGAAGUGCAUUCUCUAGAGGCGCAGCUAACUCAUGCUGAUCGACAAAUACGCGAACUGAAGUUAGAUUCUGCCGAUAACAAGAAUAAAAUGGACUCGCUAAGAAGGAAGACAAUUGGAGGAGCUAGAGCGCAAAGGUACAUUCAGGACGUGUUCGAGGAAGAGGACAGUUCCACGGAAUCCGAUGAAGGUCCACCACUAAUGCUGGACGAUUUCGCAAAUUCUCUGGGAGGAAGCAUGAAAGCUACAACACUCCCGGACGGCGCUUUCAACAAGUCAAACAGAUCUCUCACCAGUCUUCACUCGGCCUCAAGUUCAAGCCUGAGGGCUGGUGUCCAGACUCGCGCCAGUCGCCGUCAGAGUGCUAUAUACAUGCGCGGGAACACUCCGCCUGAGAGGCGCACCACAAACAGUGCAGCGUUCUUUAUCCUGGGUGACGGUUUGCGACCGGAAAUGGAGCAAGAUGCUGAAUACGACUGGACCCGACUGGCCGAACUGCAGCGUCGGAACGCGUCGUGCCUCCCUCACCUGCAGACCUCGUACCCGGUGGAAACUCAAAUGCAGCCAGACAUCUCCGGCCAGGAAGAUGCGUUAAAGACGGGAAGAAUGUCCUUAGAUGCAUCCCUGACUAAAACUUACAACACGCGCAAACGGAAAUCGGAAGAAAGUGCCUCGAGCAUGUUAAAGACAAGGAGCCAUGGGUCGAGUUUGCCGAAAUCCAAGUCUGCUCCCAACAUCACACCUGCGAAGCAGCCUCGGUCCCAGCGACUGGUUACGGCGAUGCAGUCAGCGUUUGGUUCCCUCCGGUCCCGCUCAAACGAGAAUCUAUCUCAUGAAGCGCCUGAACAAGAUGAAAAUUCCUCACGGAGGGAGAGCGUGGCUUACAACAUCGAAAUAUCGCCGCCAAAGAAGGAAAAAAGCGGGAUUGCACGACGCCGAACCAUCGCGCGGUCCACAGGAACGAGUCGACUUCUUGGUGAAAAGACGAAAGAUUCCUUGAAGAAAUCAAAAACCCAACAGUUGAGAAUUGAUGUGAUUCAAAGAAAGCCACUUCGGCCACGGGACGUGAAAAGAAACGUUAAAUAACAAUGCUUAGUUUAAGAGUGAGUUGUAUGAGGGUUUCCAUAUUGAAUAGCUGAAACUACAAUUGAAAGUUUUCAAGGAUAUGUGAAAACUGCCCGUGAUAGCAAGUUUCGUUUAAGUAUCCGGUGAUUUUUCCAGCAGUGUCAUAACCAAUUAGGAAAUCGCCUGUUUUUGUUUAUUAUUUUACUUCCGAGGCUUGCACAGGCAAACUAAAUGUAAAUUAGUUUAGUUAAUGUCAAACAAUGUUUAGUUUUGAACUUUGGGAAUAAGCAAGUGACCCUUAUAUUGUCAUGCUAAUAACACGUUACGAAUGGCGGCAAUAAGUUUACCCACGAUUAACACAAACCUGGAAAUCACUUCUUUUGACAAAGGUCCACGCUCGUAAAAUAAUGAAUUCCUGAUUUUAACAGCUUAUAAAUGAAAUAACUUUCCAUCUGUAGUUUUAUGAAAACUAAGGUCAGUACUGAAACAACUGACAGCAAAAUUAUUCUGAAUUCACAAAUUUCGGAGACUGUAGAGCUCUCCCGUCUUUUGCGAUAGAACCACUGUAUAUAAUAAUGUUGACUAAGCUCUCUCAGUUAGGCAAAAGACAUUUCUUUAUUUACUAGUAGUGUUAUUGAAAGAAUUGAAGUAUCGGAAAUAUUAUCUGAGGGCAAGAAUGUUUUUUUUUUUUUUCUUUUAAUAACGGAAAUAGAAAUUUGUACACUUA